AUGAAAGGAAUCGAAGAGCCAUCCACCAAGCAUGGUGUGCCGCCCGAGGGGAAAGACAUUGAUCCCCAGGACGGUUCUCCAGACAGCCGCCCAGAUGCCUACAUUCACCUUGGGCCGCAGGAUCCUGGGAAAUCCUGGAAGAGCAUUUCUGACCGCACCACCAAGUUGGUCAAACGGAGACUGAAUGUGGACCGUGGACUGGCAGAUGCUGAGCAAAGGAGGGAUGGAAAAGCGCCGCACUUGAAGGAAGAAUUUCUAGCAAGAGAUGAGAGAGUCUCAGCGGAAGAGCAACGGCACCUUCGCAGCUUAGAUGGCAGGCUCAACCAGCUGGUCUCUCAAUCUCUUGCUGGCCUUCGCGAUUCUGAUGCUGGUGACAUCGACUUUGCCAAGCAGCAUCUUGCAGCAUUCAAGGCUCAUUUACGCGCUCAUAACAAACUCAAUGUUGAGUCUACUCAAGGUCCAGGCGCAGUCGCAGACAAUCGUCGUGAUGCUGCAACCAAAAGCAGCCCUCAACCCAACAAGAGGCUGAAAUGUCCUGGGUUAUCUCCCAAACCGUCUACUAGGCUUCUUCAACUCAAGCGCAAAUGCCACAAGCUGAUUGAAGCACGCAAUACACUGAGUAGGGAUUUGCUAGAGGAAGCAAUGCGCCGAGAUGUGAGUAUCGAGAGCUUGCAGUUGGAAGGGCGCCUUUUGAGAAGGGAUGAGGGCCUCAAAACGCGCGAAGCACAGCAUCUGGAACAGAUCACUAGAAAGUACGAGGACGCCAAGGACUGUCUCGGCGCAUUCCCUACCAAAGAUACCAUACGUCAUUUCAACAAGGCGGAAAGACUUCUCGGACGUUUCAAGACACAUCUCGAUAAGGCGCAUAGAAGACCGUUCGGUGAGACAGAUGGCUCUGCGCUUUCAGACCAGAGCGAGUCUGCGCCAUCCACCUACUACGUCGACACUAGAGGCACCAGCGUUCCAACUCAGGAAGGCUUACGAGGCGAGGAGAGCCAAGCAUUGCCCCUCUUGGCCACCAGAAAGUUAAUCGUAACAAAGACAUGGAAGUUGAUGAAAAGACGCGAUAAACUCGAUGAGCAGUUACUGGAAGCAGCUCAGAAGGAGACCAUCGAUCAGCCCACUUAUGACCUACGCGACAACAUUCUUCGACUUCGGGAUCACCUGUGGAAAUGCGAACAGAAGCAUCUGACACACUUAUCCUCGAAGCACCGCCGGGCUCGACGUCGAAUAGCCAAGUACAAUCGUCUCAUUGAUAUCAGAGAUGAAUACCGACUUCGGAGAGCACUCACUCUAUUUAAGGCACAUCUAGGUCCGUACUGGAAGUUCAACGAGCCUGACGAACAGUAUCUCGAAUCUAGCCCGGAAGUCGAUGAUGCAGAUACGAAACAACUGUCUAGGCUGGAGUCUGGCUCCGAACCGUCGGGAAGAAAACGAAAGGCUACCUCUUCUGAUGGAAAGUCGGUGAAAAGACUACAGGUCGAUGAUUUGUUCCAUGUAUCUGGAAGAGGCGAUACAGCAUCAAACAGCCAGCCGAUGGAUGAUGAAGGCAAGCUAGAGUUUUCUUCCCGAGUUCCAGUUGAGGUUCGAACUCCGCCGUCAGAGGAGACAUCGGAGGACCGUCUUAGGCUUGGUCAUCUCGUCGCUCCUCAUCUCGACGAUGCCACAGUCGUAUACGAUCGUCCAGGUGCAAAGGGAGCCUCUGAAUGUGAUUACCUCAUGAGUGGAGGCAUUUUGACGGUCCCCCUUCUAAUGCUAAUGGCCUCUUCGUCCCCGGUAAGAACAGCUGAAGUCGAUAUAAGCGGUGCAGGAGACACUGUGGCAACUGCAAGGCCUAAGGAGGAAAAGUUUCCGAAAAAUCGUCCCUCGGAGGAAUCGUCAUUAUCACCAUCCUUUGGGAUACACUGUCACGAUCUCCCCAUGAAUGCUCAAUCCUCAGACAGCGCCAGAGCAAUUACCAGGAAGUCGGCAUGUUCUCUCCCGGGCAACAACAAGAACUGCUCAGGCCGUCCAUUGGGAAAUCAGGACUCCCCUACACUGAAAACAUCCAAGGCCAAACGUCUCAUUCGUAUGAAGCAGUCGACGCCUCUCAACAAGACUCAACUAACACCAAAGUUGAUGGGUCUUGUUCAUCCAACACCCAUUGAAGGACCAAGACCACCGGGAUCGAGAUCCAUAAGAAUCAACGGACCUGUUCAGUUAUACAACUGUCUAAACCCACCGAAUGAUGCAGAAAGGCCCCAAGGAUAUUCCAGGGGCUCAAGCAGAACCACUUCCGAGAAACAGGCUUCUCAAUCUCGUCCAGCUUCACCAUGGAUUGGCCGGAGCACGACACCCAUCCCACCUCCCGAGAUCCCUCGAAGCCAUCUCUUGCCUGAGAACUCAGGACAAACCACCUUAUCGGCGCCUCCACCAGUGACGACGUCUGUACCGUUGCAUCUCUCUCCCCCUGGACCAAUGACGGAUGUGUCAAAGAAGAGGAAGAAGAAGGAAAGGAAAAGCCUAGAAAAGUUGUCCAAUGGCAAGAAGCCUACUAUUGUUGCCGCUGCCAAUUUGGUUGAAUUGGCUCAAUCUGGAAGUCAUAGUGGUCUGACUGACGAGGACCGCAAGGCUCUUGAAAGUGAGGCAAAGCGAUGGAGGAACAUGCUGAACUUGUAG